AUGGGGUUGGCACAAAGGAGCUUGGCACUGGGCUGCAUGGGCAUCGUGUUGGUUCUACAGGUGACCAUGGCAGAGUGCCCCAACUGGAUGCUGAAAGGCAGGGCCCAGGUGUUUGCAGACCUGAGCACCCAGGAGAUCGAGGCUGUGCACAGCUUCCUGAUGCACAGGACAGAGCUGGAGCUGCAGCCAUUAGGCGCACAGGCUUUAGACAAGAACUCUGUGUUUCUCAUUGAGACGCUGCUGCCCACAAAGAAGGAUGCCCUGGAGUUUCUGAACAAAGGAACCAAGCGUCCUGUGCGGGAAGCCCGUGUUAUCAUUUUCUUUAGUGCCCAGGAGCACCCCAAUGUCACCGAGUUUGCUGUAGGGCCCCUGCCACAGCCCGUCUACAUGAGAGAACUGUCCCCCAGGCCAGAGAAACAUCGAUCCUGGGCAUCCAGACCCAUGUCCAAAGCAGAGCAAAGCCUUCUCUACCACAAAAUCAAGGCGGCCACUACACCCUUACAGGAAUUUUUCCUUGGCACCACUGGCUUCUCAUUAGAGGACUGCAAUGGCCAGUGUCUGACCUUCACCAAUGUGGCCCCCCAUAGUGUGGAGUCUAGACAUCGGGCCACCUGGUUCCUCUUGCAGCGCAUCGUAAAAGAUCAUGUGCUGCAACCCACAGGUCUGGAGAUCCUUGUGGAUCAUGGGAGCACAGAUGUCCAGGACUGGAGAAUAGAGCAGGUCUGGUAUAAAGGGAAGCUCUACAACAGCCCAGAGGAACUGGCUCAGAAAUAUGCAGAUGGAGAAGUAGACACAGUGGUCCUCAAGGACCUGCUGCCCAAGAACACAGAACUGCCACAAAUCUUUAACAAGCCUGGUGAGAAGUUCCCAAUGCCCCUCAGAAAAUCUGGUCCCCAUGUGGAACAAGGCAAUGGUUCCAGAUACCACCUAGAGGGUAACACUGUGAUCUACAAAGACUGGAGUUUCUCCUUCCAGCUUCGACCUUCUUCUGGGCUGCAGAUAUUGAAUGUGCACUUCAGGAAUGAGUAUAUAGCCUAUGAGAUCAGCGUGCAGGAAGCUAUGGCUGUGCAUAGAGAAAAAACACCUGCAGGAGAGAUGACCAAGACUAUGGAUCUAGGCUGGAGCCUGGGCAGAGUAACUCAUGAGUUAGCUCCUGGCAUCAACUGUCCAGAGACAGCCACCUUCCUAGAUGUCAUCCACUACGAUGACACUAAUGGGCCUGUCCGUUAUCCACGGGCCCUCUGCAUCUUUGAGAUACCCACAGGGGAGCCUGUUAGGCCCACCUUUAACACCAACUCUGCAGGCAAAAUCAACUUCUUUUCAGAUGUAAUGGGACACAAGCUGGUGCUACGGGCAACCUCAGCGUUCUACAAUUUUGAUUAUAUCUGGGACUUCAUCUUCUAUACUUCUGGCAUGAUCUCAGCCAAGAUGCAUGCCACAGGUUAUGUCCACACCACCAUCUAUACCCGUGAAGGACUGAGAGAGACUCAUCUGUUGACUCAUCAACUUGGCAACAGCCACACCCACCUUGUGCAUUACCGUGUUGACCUGGACGUGGCAGGCACCAACAACAGCUUCCACACACUGCAGACCAGGCAGAAAAACAACACCAACUCCAGCAGCCCAAGACACCUGGUGCAGGGUGUGAUGGAGAAGACACAGUAUUCCCAGGAGCGCCAGGCCACCUUCUCCUUUGGGCAGACUCUGCCUUCAUUCCUGCUCUUUAGCAGCCCCAAAAAAGAUAUCUGGGGAUACCGGCGCAGCUACCGCUUAAAAAUCUACUCCACAUCUGAGCAGAGGCUGACCCCAGAAACCCAAGAGGACUUGGCUUUCAGCUGGGCCCGGUACUCCCUGGCAGUGAGCAAAUACUCAGACUCUGAACGGUACAGCACCAGCAUCUACAACCAGAAUCACCCCUGGGAUCCCCCUGUGGUCUUUGAGGAUUUCCUUCAGGACAAUGAGAAUAUUGACGACCAGGACUUGGUGGCCUGGGUGACAGUGGGCUUCUCUCACGGGCCCCACUCUGAAGCUGUCCCAUAUAUGGCCUCAUCUAGGAAUUUCGUAGGUUUUUUGCUCCUACCUUUCAACUUCUUUCAUAUCACUGAAAAACACCUAGGUACAAGCGCCACAGAUGCAGCAGACACUGGAUCUCUGGGGGCAGGGUCUGCCUGA